UCCACAUCAUCUCAUUUCACAGUCAUGGGCAGUUUCUCUCGGAUCCUCUUCAUCUCUCUAACUGUUUGCUCAGUAGUUGUAGCAAACUUUUCAGUCUCUUCAGAGGCUAGAGCAUUCUUUGUGUUUGGAGAUUCUCUGGUUGACAAUGGCAACAACAAUUAUCUUGCCACCACAGCUCGAGCUGACUCGCCGCCAUAUGGCAUUGACUACCCGAGUCACCGGCCAACUGGCCGGUUCUCCAAUGGGCUUAACAUCCCUGACAUUAUCAGCGAGCAGCUUGGAACUGAGCCAACAUUGCCCUACCUGAGCCCGGAACUUGAGGGGCGAAAAUUGCUCGUUGGCGCCAAUUUCGCAUCAGCUGGGAUCGGGAUUCUCAACGACACUGGCAUCCAAUUUUUUAACAUAAUCAGGAUCACGAAGCAACUGAAGUACUUUGAGCAGUACCAGCAGAGGCUAAGCACCUUAACUGGACCGGAUCAGACAACUCGCCUUGUGAAUGAGGCCCUUGUUCUCAUCACUCUCGGAGGCAACGAUUUCGUCAACAAUUACUACUUGGUUCCGUACUCUCCACGCUCUCGGGAGUUCUCUCUACCUGACUACGUUCGCUAUUUAAUCUCCGAGUACAAGAAAAUCCUCGGUAGAUUGUACGAGUUAGGAGCUCGUCAAGUUCUGGUCACGGGUACGGGUCCAAUGGGCUGUGUACCCGCUACGCUCGCUCAAAGGAGCCGUGAUGGGAAUUGUGAUCCGGAGCUGCAAAGAGCAGCGGACUUGUUCAAUCCCCAGAUGAUCCAGAUCAUAAAUGAGCUCAACUCGGAGAUCGGCACAACCGUGUUCACAGCGGUUAACGCUAGGAGAAUGCAUAUGGAUUUCAUAUCAAACCCUCAGCAAUAUGGUUUUGUAACGUCGAAGGUGGCGUGUUGUGGACAAGGACCAUAUAACGGAAUUGGACUCUGCACUGUGGCGUCGAACUUAUGUCCGAAUAGGGAUUUGUAUGCGUUCUGGGAUCCGUAUCAUCCUUCGGAGAAGGCGAACAGGAUAAUUGUGAGCCAGUUCAUGACAGGUUCUAGCGAGUACAUGAACCCUGUGAACCUGUCAACACUGUUGGCUAUGGGUGAAAGAACUUGACCGAGAGAUCAAACUUUGGUAUAUUUUAUGGUUGGAUGUGUUAGGAAAAGUUUGCUAGUAGGCUUUGGUUGGUAUGGGGGAGGUACAUUAGUAAGUGGUGUUAUCUGGUGUGUAAGCGAUUGAUUAUGACUAGGUUAUCUGUGUAUGAGUUUUUUAAGGAUGGUAAUGCAGCUAAAUUUUCACAAUAAAUGUGAAAUUAUGA